GAUAGGUACUCGGAAAGUGAAAUUUGCUGUACAUGUGUACAACCCCUUAUUGUGCUACCUACAUGACAUUCAAAGUAUCACUGAAGGAGAGUCCCCUUGCGUCGAGUUACGAAGGUACCAGUUAGUUGACCCACGAGGUCCUUCCCCUUCCACUUAGGUUAUCUAUUCCUGCACGCUUGGAGUUUUUCGGCGCCCUGUCCAUGAUUUCUGAUUAUAGUGCCUGCCAACAGUGGCAGGACAGGGCAUAGCUUUUUUUUUCUUUCUUUAGAAGGCGUUAUCCCUCAUUUGAGAACUAAUGAUAGACUUUAUAUUUAUUUAUGGUCACACAUGCCUACCUUGAGUUAAGGUAUCACUCACUCAUCUGCCUUUGCUUUGCUUCGCUUAACGGGUUGCCUCACAUGAAGCCAGAAAGUCUCGUUCGAGUAUAUGAGUUCGAUGUUCCUUUGUCCUCCUGCUUCCUCGAGAUCGCUUCAUCAUUCGAGUUCUUCUUGCAUGGGAAAUCAUUCGUGUUCGCGAUACUACUACUACCACCACCACCACGAACUGCUCCGCCAGCGGCUCCUCGAAGUGUGCUUCUGUAAUACUAAGUACGCGUGCGCAUGAGAAUAGCUUUUUUCUUUUCUUUUCUUUUUUUGUUUACAUGAUGGCUUCGACUUCUUUCCGUAUCUUAACCCCGCUGCUGCUCGCGUUUUGCGACCUCGCGUUGGCAGACUGCGAAUGCGGAUAUUCGAUCACAACGCCUUCGGACGACGGGCGAUACGUUUUCACCGACUUGUUAGAGAGCGACUUCGUCCACCUGGAUAUCGUGGGCGGGGCUGGGGCCAAGGCCUACGGAGGCUACGAGUGGACGCCGCAAGCGUUCAACAUGUCUAGCGAAGUCGCGCGAGGUCCUUACGGCCAAGCGUUUACCGUGCAGAAUGUUAUAUCGAACAAUAUCAUCGACGAACAGGUAUACAACGGGACGGGGCCCAGAGGUGGCGAUGCCGGCCUGGAGCUGGUGGUUGGAAGUGAGAUCGAAAAUGGCAUGGUUCCUUGCGCGGACGCUUCCACGACGGAUGCUCAUUACUUCCACGGGACUUUCAGGGCGGGCAUAAAGGUCACGGAUGUUCCAGGCACUUGCAGUGCUUUCUUCUGGUAUAUGAAUGACACCCAAGAAAUCGACAUCGAGUUUUUAUCGUCGGAGUUCGACAGGAGCAACAGCACAUUCCCGGUCAAUCUCGUCCUACAGUCCGAGGAGUCGAAGAACAACGGGUUCGACGCGUCCGGGACGGGGGACUUCAGGAAGAUCCACCUGCCGUUCGACCCGACGGAGGACUUCCACGAGUACCGGAUCGACUUCCUGCCGGACCGGGUGCUCUUCUACGCGGACGCGCAGCUGCUGGCGGAGAUGAACGGGACGGGGGUGCCGUCUACCCCGGGUAACCUGCAGCUGUCGCACUGGAGCAACGGGAACGCCGGGUGGUCGCAGGGCCCGCCGAAGACGGACGCGGCUACGGUCGUCAGCUACGUCAAGGCGUACUUCAACUCGUCGCUGGCGUCGAGGCACUCCGACUACGCGGUCCGGUGCAAGGACCCGUCCGCGCCCGGGGCCGUCUGUCCCAUUCCCGACAGGAGCCCGACGUUCUUUUUCGGAAACGCCCCCGACAUGACGCCCAACCAGACUACGUACCACGAGAAUAUCGGAAGGCGCACAGGGCGCUGGCGCCAGUUACCCCUUGCUGCGGCGAUAGCGACAAGCACUUGGGUGGCUGGUCUAUAAAACAAGCGAAGAGAUGUUUUUUUUUUUCUGUCUAUGCUUCCUUUAGAUUGGCGUUUUUGAGAGAAAGAGAGGGAGAGGGAAGAACGUGAAUGUGAUAUGAAUUGAUGAUGGGCGGAUUGGGAUUAGUAUAUUCUAGCAUUUUUUGAUUACGGGUGGCGAGCUUGUUAUUGUUCUCGUUGUUCUUGCUCUUGUUGCUCUUGUCGUUGUUGCUCAGCUGAUAUAUAUUUUACUUCUAGAUGUAUGAUACAUUUUUCUUCUUCUUUUUCAAGUCGGGCGCAAGGGGUGAAUUCAUUCGUUCGAUUAUAAAAUGAUAGGUAGAGCAUCGCGGCUCUUACACACACACCUACAUACCUAACCUGCCUAUAUUGUAUAUAGAUAUCUUCUUAUAAGGCCAAUCAAGAUAGGUUACCUUUUAUUAACCGCCUUGCGAUAUGGCUUUCUAUGUGAGAGGUACCUACCUCAUAUAAAAGUAGGGGUCCAAGCAAUAAUUAUAUAUAUCGUCUAGCGCCAACGAGACACAGGUACAUUGCUCGUUUAAAU